AUGCAGCAGCACUUCAUCAGGCUCUGCUGCAGCAGCAGCAGCAGCAGCAGCAGCAGCAGCAGCAAAUUGAAGACGCUGAGCUACACCUUGACGAAGAAGAAUGGAUCCUUGAACCGCUUCAGGAUGCUGAGCCUCAGCAGCAACAGCAGCAGCAGCAGCAGCAGCAGCAACAGCAGCAGCAGCAGCAGCAGCAGCAGCAACAGGCUGUCUGUGGAGACGCUGCAAUAG